AGAAGGGGGAAAUGCAGCCUGACUUUACACAGACACAUCCAACAGACCUCCAGAGGCUAGACCCAUCGACGCUCGGUCCCCUCAAUCAGGACCCUGGUAUGUUUCCACCCAGUCACCUGGCCUUUGCUUCAAGCAAAAACGAGACACCAGGCAUUCCCGCGACGUCGUCGGUGCCACGACUCGGCAGCAACAUAUCGGCAAAGAACUGCGCGCCAAUGCUUCUCCUUGCCCUGCGCUCUGCUGUCGGUUGCCAUUUCCCAAUUGGAACCCCCUUCGAAGCACUGCAGCACGCAACGACUACCAGUACGGCAACGGCAUUCGGAAGCCACGAUAGGUUCUCCCUUGUCCGUCUCUGGGAAAACGGCCUGUCCUAGUGGACGCCAGGCAGGGUCACCCGUACUCAAGAAGCUUCCAGCUCCAAGGUGCACCAGAGGAACACGGGCGACACAGGCUGGCAGGGGCAUGCCAUUCGUUGUUCUUGCCUCGCUUCUGGAAUGUCCCAAAAAUACUAUCGAAAAUCCUGCUCGAGAGUUGCACAUGAUUGGCUUGGGACAACUGCCGGUAACCUCGGGAGACGAAUUCCCUCGGAAGCAUGAGGUGGCUACGGCUGACGCCUUGCUCUCAGGGUUCCGGUCAGUACCGGUAGGUUUACGCCAUGCCUGUCUUGAGCUUCUCACCCAUCUCGACUCCGACCCCGAAAAGACGUCUCCAGAUUACCCCUCACGCCCAACCUUGUUCUCCUCAGCAUGCGCUGCCCGCCUGCCUGCUUGGUGCUGUCUGAUUUGGAAUGUUCUUGUUUUGAGCCAUGCUUUCCCCCAUUUUCUGUCUUCAUUGCUUUCCCAGUGGGGUUCGGCCGGUGAUGCGGUAAAGUUUGGAAGGGGGGUUCACAGACGGAAAAGCCGGUUGGUAUGUUGCAGCGGAAGAAGUUCUUCCCAUGCAGGCCCUUGGGAUUGUCUCACCAUCCAAAGAUGUGCAGACGUCGGACUUUGCUGGUCCUCAGUGGACAAUCCCCCCACCUUUUGCACACCCCCAUUGGACCCCCUAUCAGACUCGAGACGCUCCAGCUUGGCAGCAACGCCAAAACGCCCCUGGCUUGGCUCUUUCGGCCACCUCUCUUCUCAGCUUCACGUGUCUCUUUUGUUUCGUCCUUCAGAUUGAAUCAAGUUGAAGUCACCUUCGCGGUUCGAAGGCCCUUCAUCAAGCGCCGAGCACUGCGAUGGACAGAACCACCACAGUGAAGGAUGAAGAGAGGCGGUGUUUGUGUUACCCGUCAGAGCCCAGAGCCACGUCUAGCGCUCUAGUCUGAUGCAACCCUUCUAAUUCUAUAUUUGCACUUUCUUUUUCCGUCCCGUGUUUUUUUUUUUUUUUUUUUUUUUUUUACCUAGGCAUUUACCUUUUCGGCGCGCUACAAGGAUGGCUAAGGUCUCA